GCCCAGUCGAGCACCGGCAGUUCUGCAUAGAGUCUAAUGAAGAAGAGAGUUUGUUGGAAAAACAUUGUUGAAAUUUGUCAAGAAAGAAGACUGAAAAUGUCAGGAACUCAGGUCGAGGACGUUCAAGGUGGGAUGGCCUCCCCACAAGAUAUAAAUGAAGGUGUACUGCUAACUCUUUCACUAAAUUGGUCACAGUCUGAUCAAGUACAGAAACCAAAACCAAGACUAGAGAAACUUCUUCAGACUUGGUUCAAUGGAAGAGAAAAUAAGAUGGACUGCUCAGUUGAAAACAUCCAAAAAGAUGGAAGUGCCUUGAUCAAAGUGAAACCCAGCCCAGCUUUGAGUGAUCUUCAGGAACUAAAUGGAAAAACACUGACCAGUAAAGAUGGAAAAACAGUCACCAUACUGUCCAUUAGUCUGGCACCACUAAACCUGGAUUUACAAAGACCAGAUGAUGCGUCAAUGAACAAUUCUUCCUCUGUGCCGGGGCCACAAGCUGAUGAAAAACAAAGUGACCCAGUUAGGAAAGAUAUUGACCCACAAGGAAAAAAUUCUCUUGAAGAGCAUAAAAAGCCAUCUGAAGAUUGCUUUGUCUCAGUGGGUCAUUACUGGUAUGUGAACCACAUCUACAAGGAGGAAAUUCAACGUAUACUGAAAAAAAAUAGAGUUAACAUUAAAACAAAUGUCAGGGUAGAAUUUGAAGCAGACCAAGAAGAUGGAAGCCCACAAGAAGCUCUCGCUGAUUUUACAAAACUAGUCCAGAAUUCUUUAUCUGAAUCUUUAGGCACAGUUUUUCCUCUCAAGUUUGUAGAUUCAGAUCAGUGGAGUGAUGCUUUGAGAGCCAUCCAGGAAAAGGAGAGCAAGCUUUUGGUCACUUUGUCCGGUGAAGAAGUAGCCGUUUGUGGGCCAAGCCAAAGUCAAAAUACUUUCAGUGCAGCUUUAAAUGCAAUGCAGAAAAGAAGAAAUCCCUCUCUCAGAGAGCACAAACCAGCACUUCAAGACACAUCACCGAAGAUAAAUAUGACCAUCAAAGAUCCUCUUGUUGAUGCAGGAUUAACCAUGAAGGAGAGCCACUGGAAGCUGAUGAAUACUGUUUAUGCUGAAGAAUUAACAAAGAUCAAAGAAAAGUUUGGUGUGACCUUCAGAGAAUCUAACCUCAGUCAAGGCAAAAUCGAUGUCAAAGCUUCUUACUUAGGACCUGGAGGAAAUUCCUCCUUGGAAAGUCAUGCAGUCAGAGCUCUUCUACAUCUGCACCAGAAGACUGCCACAUCACCCUUAAGCCUCACCCAACCUGCUGGUGCCACUGGGCUCAGUGUCUCAGUGGACAAGUCCAGCAUUGGUCAUUGGUCAGAGGAGACCUCCAGUCGACCUCCAUUUAAUGGAGAAUCAACACAUCAGUACACCAAGCGGGGGAGACAGAGUAGUGCACAUUCUACUCCAAGAAACAACUCUUUUGAUGAAUAUAAAAACCCAUCUGAAGAUUGCCUUGUCUCAGUGGGUCAUUACUGGUACAUGAACCACAUCUACAAGGAGGAAAUUCAAUGUAUACUGAAAAAAAAUAAAGUUAACAUUAAAACAAGUGUCAGGGUAGAGUUUGAAGCAGACCAAGAAGAUGGAAGCCCACAAGAAGCUCUCUCUGAUUUUACAAAACUAGUCCAGAAUUCUUUAUCUGAAUCUUUAGGCACAGUUUUUCCUCUCAAGUUUGUAGAUCCUGAUCAGUGGAGUGAUGUUUUGAGAGUUAUUCAGAAAAACAAAAGCAAACUUCUGCUGACUUUUUCCUGUGAGGAAGUGACUGUAUGUGGGCCAAGUCAAAGUCAAGAUGCUUUCAGUGCAGCUUUAAAUGCAAUGCAGAAAAGAAAUCCCUCUCUCAGAGAGCACAAACCAGCACUUCAAGACACAUCACCGAAGAUAAAUAUGACCAUCAAAGAUCCUCUUGUUGAUGCAGGAUUAACCAUGAAGGAGAGCCACUGGAAGGUGAUGAAGACUGCUUAUGCUGAAGAAUUAACAAAGAUCAAAGAAAAGUUUGGUGUGACCUUCAGAGAAUCUAACUUGAGUCAAGACAAAAUUGAUGUCAAAGCUUCUUACUUAGGACCUGGAGAAAAUGCCUCCUUGGAAAGUCAUGCAGCCAGAGCUGUUCUACAUCUGCACCAGAAGACUGCCACAUCACCCUUAAGCCUCACCCAAGUUCUUGGUGCCACUGGGCUCAGUGGCCCAGUAGACGAGUCCAGCAUUGGUCAUUGGUCAGAGGAGACCUCCAGUCGACCUCCAUUUAAUGGAGAAUCAACACAUCCGUCUACCAAGCAGGGGGAGACAGAGUAGUGCACAUUCUACUCCCAAGAAACAACUCUUUUGAUGAAUAUAAAAAGCCAUCGGAAGAUUGCCUUGUCUCAGUGGGUCAUUACUGGUACAUGAACCACAUCUACAAGGAGGAAAUUAAAUGUAUAGUGAAAGAAAACAGAAUUAGAAUUGAGGCAAAUGUCAACGUGAAAUUUGAAGCAGACCAAGAAGAUGGAAGCCCAGAAGAAGCUCUCUGAAUUCACAAAACUGGUCCAGAGUACUUCGUCUGAGUCUUCUGGCUCAGUUAUUCCUCUCAAGUUUUUAGAUCCAGAUCAGUGGAGUGAUGUUUUGAGAGCUAUCUAGAAAAACAAAAGCAAACUUCUGCUGACUUUUUCCUGUGAAGAAGUGACUGUAUGUGGGCCAAGUCAAAGUCAAGAUGCUUUCAGUGCAGCCUUAAACGCAAUGCAGAAAAGAAAUCCCUCUCUUCAAGAGUACAAAUCAAUAACUCAGGACACGUCACGGAAGACAAAGAUCCCCAACAAAGAGCAUUUGUAAUUAUACAGGUUUAACCACAAAGGAGCCACUUGAAGCUCAAACUAUUUCUGUCAAUAAACCAGCAAAAGUCAAAUGUAAAUAUAUUGGCUUUUCAAAAAGAGUCAGUGCUAUAUGAAAAAUUGAAAGAGAACCCUCUGUUGAAGCAUCAGUAUCAAAAGACCACCGCAUUACAGCCAAGCUUGAAGGACACCAAAGGUGUUUCUGAGAUACAGAACUCCUCAACGCAGCAUCACACUAAAGUACUGGCAAGAGAGGGAGCGACAGCAGGAGAUGAAAAUAAAAUCUGCCCAAUUUGCUUGUGUCCAUUUGCAAAAAACUGCCUGCAAGAGGCAGUGAAACAAAAUCCAGCUCAGAGUCAAAAAGGACGGCCAGAUUUCUCACACACUGAGAAGGUUAAAAAUUCUGCACUUUCGGUAAAAUGAUUAUUAUCUCAUCUUCAGGACUGAUAAUUAAAACUUCAGUCUUGUCCUGGUUAAGCUGUAGAAAAUCAUCUGCAAUUCACGACUUUAUAUCUAAAAUACAGUUUAAAAGGACAUUAACUGCUUGUAGGUCAUCAGGAGACUGUGAUAUAAUGCUGGGUAUUAUCAGCAUAGCUGGAAAUCAAUGCUGUGUCUUCUGAUGACAUCACCAAGUUGCGGCAUGUACAGAUUAAAAACUACUGGACCUCAAAUUGAACCUUGGGGAAUCCCACACGUGAUUUCAUGGAUUCCUGAGGAGCAGGUAUCCAGACUUACAAAAAAUUUUGACCUGUGAGAUAGGAAUAAAACCAUGUAGUAAACUGCAUAAUAAGUUGGAUACAGGAUGGUAGUUAUCGUGAAUAUUGGGAUCUAAAUUACUCUUCUUCAAAAGAGGCUUCACCACUGCUGUUUUGAAGGCAGAUUGAAAAGCCCCAUCUAAAGAGAAUAAUAUAUGUAAAAGCUCGGGCUCAAAGAGACCAUGAAAUGUUUUUAAAAGCGAUGUGGGAAUAGUGUCUAAAAGGCAGGUUGUGGGCUUUAACUGGGAGAAAAUUCGACCAAGCAUCUUUGCAUCAACAAGGACAAAACUCUUCAAUGUUUCCUUAAGUAAAAACAAUGCUUCAGAUAUGUUAAAAUCAACAUUAUGUUUUUGUUUGCAAUAAGGUUGUAAAAGUUAAGUGUUCUGGCCUGUUAAACUGUUUUAUUGUAAAUUUUGAGUUUAAAUUUAAAUUUAUUCAUCCUGAUGGCCAGAUUGGACCUUCUGGUGGGCCUGUUUUGGUCCCCACGUCAUAUGAUUGACAGCCCAGGUUUAGGGGGUACUUGGAUGAAAAAUUCUUCCACUGGGGAUACAAUGCUGAAAAAAGUUUAAGAAUUACUGUUAUAGCCUAUGUCUUGCUGUAUUUUUAAAAAUAUUUUACAUUACAAGUAAGUUUUUCUUUAAAGUGUAAUAUAAAACAUUGACAGCUCUAAAGUUUGCAGAUCAUGUUUCCAUAUGUACAAUCUACAGUUAUUGAGCUUACUUUUCCCCAGCUUCCUGUCGACAUGUUGACCUGUAUUUUCUUUUUUUUUUCAGAAUGUUUAAAAUAGUAAAAUUUGGUUGUAAAUGUAACCUUUUGUCAGUUGACAUGAUCAGAUUGCUAAUAAAUGGUAAUUUU